UACAGCGUUUCAAUCUUAUACUUACAUCUAUGUUUUUACUUGUUUGGUGAAUCCAAAACUAUGGCAACAUCGAGAUAUCUUUCAAACUUCCCACCCCGCCUACCGCCAAGAAAGGGGGACACAUCAUCACUUACUGGCUAUCACCGGUCACCGUAUCCAAAUAGUCCCUUAUAAGGUUCAGUCUCCCCUCUACCCCGAAACAUUUGUCUUCCCUUUUCGCCCUCAACUUCUCUUCUAAUUCCACACUGUUUAAACUUCAUUCUCCCCGCAUCGGCGACAAUGUCUACUGCCACUGAAAAAACCGGAACCGAAACCCGGUGUAUACUCGCUCCGACAGGAAAUCGGGUUCGGAUUCAUGAAGAACGGAGGCGAAGAAACGAGAUGAUGAAGAAGCCACCGGAGAAGCCUAAGAAAGUAGCUGCGGCGAAACCUGCUGCCGCUGUUGUGCGGUGCGACGUCUCAGUUGAUAACUCCUCCGACUCUUCUUCCUCGGCUUCAUCGCCCAGUGGUUCAAUGGUGAAAUCUGCUAAAAACAAUAGCUGGAGACUGAUGGAGAACGACAACGGUGUCGUUAGAGCGGCGACGACUGUGCCUGACGGAGUUGGUGCUCUGUCGCUCUCCCCUGCAGUUCCGCUUCCUGUUAAGCGCUGCGAUUGGAUCACACCGAAUUCUGAACCACUUUACGCUUCUUUUCACGACGAGGAAUGGGGAGUUCCGGUGAAUGAUGAUGUCAAGCUGCUCGAACUGCUGGUUUUUUCGCAAGCAUUAGCUGAGCUUUCCUGGCCGUUGAUUCUCAGCAAAAGAGCAGAAUUUAGAAAGGUUUUUAACGCCUUCGAUCCAACGUCACUUGCAAAUCUUGAUGACAAGAGAUUGCUCUCUAUUAGAUUGCUCUCAGAACCAAAAGUUCGUGCAAUUGUUGACAAUGCUAAGCAGCUGCUCAAGAUCCAGCAAGAGUUUGGGUCCUUCAGCAACUACUGCUGGCGUUUCGUAAACCACAAACCUAUAAAGAGUGGGUUCCGUUAUGCACGCCAAGUACCGGCUAAGACACCAAAAUCAGAUCUCAUGAGCAGGGAUCUGAUGCAAAGAGGGUUCCGUUGUGUCGGGCCAACAGUUUUGUACUCGUUCAUGCAAGUUGCUGGUCUAGUAAACGAUCAUCUCGUGACAUGCUACAGAUACAAUCAAUGCAGCCAUGACUUCAAGAAUGCAACAACAGCUGAGGAAGAAGCAGCCUAGGAUACAUAAACUUCCAUCACUCAUUUGUGUUAGUCAUUCUAAUCUAACAGCCAUUAUCACUUCCUCCAUCUCUACUAUUGUGUGCUUGGGGAGCAGAUCUACAUUUGUGUUAGUCAUUCUAAUCUAACAGCCAUUAUCACUUCCUCAUCUCUAUUGUGUGCUUGGGGAGCAGAUCUACAUUUGUUACUGGUUUGGAUACUGUUGCCUCUGAUUUUUUUUUUUUACCUAUUUGUAAAUUUUUUUUAGCGUCAGGUUACUUUGUUUAGAUAUGUACCUACCAUUUAUGAAUUUGUGAUUGUGAUAUGAAAAAAAAUCAUUUGUGUUCUUC